CAGGAUUAAAGUGGUGAUGUCAUAGUCUGUCAAAGCUAGAAAUCCUAAUGCUUGUGUGAAAGUUUUUGUGUUUGAUUUCUUAAUAAUAGAACCUCAUCAGUCAAUGGAUGAGAACUUACUUUGUCAAAUUUGAGACCGUUACCGGAUAAACCUGUUUAACAUGGAGUUUCCGCCUCAAGGUGUCCAUCUCAACUGUGCCCAUGUUGUUGACAAGUCAAAUAAUAGAGAAAGAAAAGUAAAGUGGCAACACGGGUCUUAGAUAUCCAGUUUAUUAGGGUGUGACAAGGCAAAUGGGCACGUCCAGGCACGCUCAGCAUUGCUCUGUAUUACAGGCAACAAAACACACACACAGUGGAGGAUCACAAAGCAUGGAAGUAUGCAGGUGCGUGCUUUUGAAGGAUAAACUGCAGCUGAGCUCUUGGGUCCUAGUCUAGUUCUUCGUGUGAAUGUAGGCUGCGUGGAGCUGUUAUGACCUACUGAGGAAGACUUAAAAUAACUGUCCCAAAUAGAGCAUGAGUGAAGACAGUCACGUGCAGAUAUGUGACUUUCAUCCUUGUAGAACAGCCAUCAAAGUAGCAUCCAGAUGUUCUUACUCCUGCAAAUAUGAGUGAAGGUAUACACUUUGCAUAAAAGCCUGAGGCCUCCUGUAAUGAACCAUUAAAAGGUCAAACAGCUUCUUACUUUUUAAUUAUAGCCCGAGGUUUAUAUUCCUAGGUGCUUUCCAAAAAAUACUAAUCUCGACCUCCCCCUAAAAGUGAGCUCAUUGUACGUCCUCUUACUCCUACAUCCCCACAGCCUGAGCAGAUUACGAGGUGGGAGGAUGGUUAUGCUCCAGAAUGACAACCUUAUCACUCGCUCCUCAGCUUGCUGGGUCAUUCGACCUCUGUGCCAGGAAAGGCCUGAUUCUUCUCUACCUCGCUGUAUAAAGCUUCAAACAAACAGACGGGCUGUGUGCGGUGUGUAUGUGUGUGGGGGGGAGGGGUGGACAAUAUGCCGAUUUUUGUUAGAAAAACAUCAUCUGUAAUUUGUGCCUCAAAGGGACAAUCAUGCAAAGACAGUCUGUAAUUAGCAAACAAUGCAAAAGGUGGGUAAAAAGGAUAUGUGAUGGACAAUAAAUGUUCAAAAAUAUAUGCAUAGCGAUACUCUUUGACUUGAUGUGAGUUAAAUAUUUUAUGUCAACGCACAACCAAAUUCAGCAGAGGCCAUUUAUAACUCUUUUUCGACAAAUUCUAUACAUGCACUGGCCACUUGCCCAAUCUAAUGCAAGGGUGUCCAGUCUUACUAUUUUAUACUAUUUUUCAGCAAUUUUAAAUCUCAAGAGGUCCCACAAGAGUCUAUUGGAAGUGUGUUGCCCAACAUUUAUACUUGGUGCUGGAAUUUAGACUGUAUAAAAGUAUUUUUAGUCAUGUCUACUGAUAACACACUUUGUGUGUCUCUAGGUUUAAUGCUACUGAUCUGUGUUUGCCCACACCUGUCUCUGACAGAGAGUGUGGCUCCAAGAAGCGCUAUUGUGCACUUUAUCCACUUUUUACAUAUACAGUCAUCCCUCAUUUGUCGUGGUUAAUUGGUUCCAGACCCGACCACGAUAAGUGAACUUCCCUGAAGUAGGAUAUGAAGUAGGGAUAUUGAUAAAAGGAAGAUUUUUGUCAUUCGAGCAUAGAAAACCUGUUUCUGACCUUCUAAGUAUGGGUUUUGCUAUUAUUAGAGCCCUGUAGACAUGAACUAACACCCCUAUAGUCACCUUUAUACCUCUAUUACCCAAUAUAGUAGAAAUAUUAAUAGAAAAUAAACCAUCUUAGACAGAAAUAACAUAAGAUAGUCUUAUACGUUAGCACUGACAGCGUACUUACUACAACUUGCCUGUUGUGUCAUGAGUUAUUUCAUGAAUUGUGUUCCUCACCUUCUGUAUUCAAAUGCUUGCACUUGCAACUUUCUUUGGCUCCAUUUUGGGUAACUGAGGUGAGAAACACUAUUGAAUUCAUAAAACAACUCAUGGCAAAAUAGGAAGGCGAUGUAGAAGAGGAAGGUGCUGAUCUCGCAACCACAUAGUGUCUUUGGGAACAGUCACGUCUUCAAUGAAGGUAAAAGUAACCUUAAAUGUUCAUUUACCCCUUUCAUUCAUCAUUUGUAUGUAUUUAUAUGCAUUUGGAAUUGUUUUCUGCGUGUAAAACUAUAACUGUAAAACUAUAAAAACUUGUUUUUGGCUUUCUGGAAGAGAUUAAUUGGAUUUACAUGAUUUCUUAUGGGAAAAAUGUAUUCAGUUUGCACCCGUUUCGGUUAAAGCCGGACCUUCUGGAACAAAUUAAUGACGCUAACCAAGGGUCCAUUGUUACAUUUUAAAAAACGGUAACUCUUCACAAUAAGGUCCACAAAAUUACAGUAUGUGUGAGGAACAAACCUACCUAACCCUAACCACUACUAAUUAGUUCUUCAUUAGUUCCUCAGUAACUACUCUACUAAUUAGUUCCUCAUUAGUUUUUCAUUUGUUCCUCAGUCACUACUCUAAAUGUAUAUGCCUUAGUCAUUAGUUCCUCAUUAGUUCUUCAUUAGCUUUUCAUUAGUUCCUCAGUAAUUACUGUAUUUAUGUGUUCAUAUUGUAUAGUGUGAUCAAAAAAACAAGAUGCCGGCUGCAAAUGGCCCCUGUGCCAGACGUUGGACAGCCUCGAACACCCUUGAACAUAUCAUGAUGUCUUUAGAUUGUGGAAGCGUGUUGCUGGGAGUGCUUCCAGAUUCACAGCAUGCUUGUGGCACUUGUUUUGUAAAGGUUGCUAAACCUGAUGCGGCCCAUCCUCACCCAGACUCUACCUCCAGUGGCCCCUAGUUGAGUUGAGUUUGAGACCCCUGACAAAGUGUUAUGUAUAGAUUAAAGGAUAUGAGUGGAUGCGCCUACAUAAAGACUCCUAAAAGGGCAUUUUAAUUAUUUCAUUGUGGUAGGGUUAAUUUAGCUUUAAAAGCCCAUGUUUAGGCUCCAUUGAAGAUACAUUUAGCGCUGUAUUUCAUAUGACAUGCUUAUGCAAAUGCCUGUAUUAGACCAUUAGUUUUUAAGCAUUCACACCAACCCAGUCAGCAGUGCAGACACGUUCAUAUUUGAGGCGCUUGAUUGUUUGGUUGACCUGCUGUCUCAUUUGGAUGCCUCAUCUGAAGGCAAUCUCAUUUCACAAGGGGGGAUGUGUCAUCAAAAGCUGGCCUGGUAUCAAAGAGGAGGCUAACAAUAAGUUCAGAUUAUGUGAUAACCGUUUUAUUAAACUAGAACAACCAUCCUCUGCAUCCCAAGGCCUUUUUGCAGACAAGACUGUGUAGGAGAAUGCAACAAUCAUCAGCGUAUUAUUCAGUGUUACACGCUCACACUAUAAAUCUUUCUCAUAGGCACUCAGCGCCUGUCUUUCCCUUUCAGUCCGAGCCUGGUGCUCCAACCUGUCACAGUGGGGCCCAUAAUGACUAUUUGCUAUUCUGCUCUUCAUCGCUGAAGCCCUAUUCAUGUUCAAUCUCCUUUACAAUGCACUAAAAGGAUUAGCCAAUUAGACGCUAUUUUGGUGUCACUGUGAGUGGACAAGAGUGUAUGCGUGUGUGCGCAUGAGUGGUCAGUGUCAGUGUUAGCAGUGACAGUGGAAGAUAGAUGACUGUCUGUACCCCACACUUCAUUCCCAUUUGAUUUGCUGCUGGAGGCCACAUUAGUCAUCCCCCACAAGUCUGCCACAGAGCAGGACAUUUGUGUGUGCGUGUGCGUGUGUGUGAGAGCGAGACUGGCCAUUCUGACAGGCCACAGUGGAUGACAGAGAAAGUGAUAGAGUAUUACAUCUCAAUAAUUCAACCUAUCAUUGCAAGCUCCUGCUUCCUCCUCCUCCUCCUCCUCUUUCUCUUGCUCCUGCUUUAAUUUGUGAGUUUAAUUUCCCCCAUGUCAUGACUGAGAUAAGGGGAAGUGCCUGCUUCAUUACACGGGAGUCAUCAUCACUUACUUUGCGUGAAACACAGAUUGAUUCUACUUAUCUAAUGUGUUACAUAACACUGGCAGCAAUACGUCCAGCAUUUUUUACAUUGAGCCAAUCCAACAUAACAGUGAGCACAGCGACUAUAGAUUCAUACGUACUUAAUACCCACUUUCAUUUGAAGGGGGAAAUGUGCUUAGAAAUUCAGGACCAGACUUUGAUGGGUGACGUUGAAGGUAUUGUUUAACAGGAAUAUGAAGUUUUUGGUUGUUUUUUUUUUGCCUUGUAACCCUACACAGGGAAGGGAACAAUAUUUGGUAACUUCAACUUGCGUCAGUAUGGAUGCCACACUCCACCCCACACCUACUGUAAGAUGAAGCGAGCGACUCAAGUGAACUUCUCCUGAGGGGUCAUGAGCUGAGUCACACCCUUUAACUUCUAAGUCAUCACCCGUGCCCGCAGGAACAUGGGGAGCGUGAGCAGCCUCAUCACCAGCGACAGCCUAAACAGUAAACACUGCAUGGCAUCUGAGCUGAAGUUAAAAAACAGAACAAAUCAGCACAGACGGAAUGGAGGUUGUAGCCUUGAUGCCUUACUAAAAUGUAGCUUCACUCAGGGCUCCUCCUCACCCAUCCACCACUCGAAAGGUCUGUCCUCCACGAGGUCGGGACGAAGCGAGGACUUUUUUUACAUCAAGGUAAGCCAUAAACCAAGGCCAGUGCACCAGAAAGAAGGAUCAAUGGAAGACGGUGCACGGAACAAAGCAGGAAAAUCUGAUGAGCGACCAAAACUGAUGCUUAUGUCAGGCACUGACGGGACUACUGCUGAAAAGUCACUGGUCCGGUCCACCGCCUACAAGCCUUUAAUACCUCGGACUAUAUCGUCCACAGAGGGACAGCACAACAGCCUAGACCACAUCCUCAUCCAACUGGAUAAACCAAAGAGUCCAGACAUCAGACACAAGCGAGACACCCCCUCUGGCACUCUGUCGGACUCUGGACAUAACUCGAUGUCAAGCCUCCCCACCCACAGCACCAGCGGCAGCCUAAGUGCUUCCACGGGUCCUGUCAGUCACAGCGAUGGCUGCACCACUCCAGCCAACUGCCUCCACAAGGGAGCUCAACCCAAUUUGUCCCCAUGGGUGAACAGCAGUAGCCGAGACAGUGGCUAUAGGGAUGGUGGCUCCCCGCUGUCUUCAGAUCAGUCUCAUCGUCUCUCUGAGACUGUGGGAGGCAUUCGGUCACCUCUGACAACAGACGAGUCACUAAUUGAGACAUUGGAACAAAGACUACUGGAGAGAGAGACUGAACUGCAGGACUUACAGGUGAGCUAUGAGGCGAAGGAAGUAGCCAUCUGCCAGCUAUUUGAGGACAGACAAAAGUAUUGCAGUGACGAGAUGGAAGAGUUAAAUCAGCAAUGCUCCAAAACAUUACAGCAAGCUUCUCAGAUGGCUGCAAAAAGCCAGCAGACAUUGCAGUUGCAGGUCAGCCAGCUCCAGGCAGAAAACGAGAAGCUAAAGGAAGAUCUCACAAAGCUGAGCAGAGAGAGGGAUCUUGUCAAGCAAAGACUGAGGUCCUACGAGGAGGAGAGCGCACAACUUGCUCCAACACUCGAGGAAACUCAAUGGGAGGUGUGCCAGAAAGCAGGCGAGAUCUCCUUGCUGAAGAAACAACUGAGAGACUGCCAGGAGGACGUCAGCCACAAGCUCAGUGAAAUAGUCAGCCUGAGGGUACAGCUGAAGGAAAUCACAGCAAAGACAGAGAUGCUAGAGAAGGAGAACAAAGACCGCAGUGACAAGCUGCAUACUCGCAGCGUCGAAGUCGAGGUUUGCCAAAAUGAACUUCACCGAAAGAAGAAUGAAGCAGACCUGCUAAGAGAUAAAGUGGGCAAACUGGAGAAGAAUAUCGAGGGAAUGAAGCAAGACCUCACUCUGGCCAAAGACCAGGAGCUGCAUCAACAAACUUCACAGCUUGAGCCUAACGGGCAUCCGCAGGCCAUGGAAAGAGUCACACCUAUCCAGAACCAAACAGACAAGCCUGAGGGACAAGUCUCCAUAGAAUUUCUCCAAAAAGAAGUGGAGAGACUGAGGCAACAACUCAGUGAUCAGAAGAGGGCUCAAGAAACGCUUGUGACCAGCUUUGACCAAGAGAGGCACACAUGGAACAAGGAGAAGGACAAGGUUAUCAAGUACCAGAAGCAGCUGCAGAUCAACUACCUGCAAAUGCAUAAGAAGAAUCAGGACCUGGAAAGGGUCCUAAAGGAGCUGACUGCUGAGCUGGACGCCAGGGCAGAGCUGGGCUUGGACCUCCACUACAGCUCCGGGUUACAGACCUACGAUGAUGUCAUCGCCACUGAGAUAUGAUGGCGUGCACACACAUGCACUUGACUCCUUUUUUCACUGCUAUUUGACACAAAGGUCUUCUCACAGCUUCCACUGGAGGUCAUUGCCAAUAGUAAUUACUGUUAUUGUAGCACUGAAACAUUCAAUUACGGUAGCUCAUAUUCUGACGUUUAGAAAAAAAUGAAUAAAAUAUAUUUUGUGCUGUAAACUAUUAAUUUAUUGAAGGUUAGGGUCUCUUUUUUAUUCAUUUUGUUUGUACUACAUAGCCUAGCAGGAUCCGUCGUCAUUAAAAUAAUGUACGAUUCUGAAUAUUUCAUUUUUAUCUGGAACACAAAAAUAAAAUGAAUAAAUUGUAAUAAUUACAAUUGCAGUAAACUGUCAUUGAAUUUCAGUAAAAUAUGGUUUGCUGAACUUGUAUGUUAUUUUUAUAUCUUAAAGCUGUUUUAAUCUACACUGGAGGAUUCAGAAACAGUACACAAUUAAGAAGUAUUCUUAAUGCUGAUUCAUAUUGUGAUCCCUGUGUGUGUGAAUGUGUGCGUGUGUGUGUGUUUUGGAGGGGGAGCGGGAGAGAUUAAUGGG